CGCACCUGGCCACACCUGGGCCACCGGCCGGGUUCCGCCGCCCGAGCAGCCCUCCUCGGGGACACCGCGUGCCGCCCGGACCGCGGACCCCGCAGCGCCAUGGCCGCGGACCCCGAGAGGGGGGCGCCGCGCGUGCUGUUCGCCGAGUGGCUGCUGGGCGAGGUGGGCAGCGGCCGCUACGAGGGGCUGCGCUGGCUGGACGCGGCCCGCACGCGCUUCCGCGUGCCCUGGAAGCACUUCGCGCGCAAGGACCUGGGCGAGGCCGACGCCGGCAUCUUCAAGGCCUGGGCGCUGGCGCGCGGCAGGUGGCCGCCCAGCAGAGGCGCAGGCGACCUGCCGGCCCCCGACGGCCAGCUGCUGGCGUGCUGGAAAACCAACUUCCGCUGUGCCCUGCGCAGCACCAAGCGCUUCGUGAUGCUGCAAGACAACUCGGCAGACCCCACCGACCCGCACAAAGUGUUCACGCUCAGCUCCGAGGAGGGGUGCGGAGGAAGUCCAGGCAUUGGCCAGGGGGACCACAAGGCUUACGAAGAUGCCCCACCCACCAGGGGGGUGCUCCCUGGGCCAUGCCUGGCAGAUGCCAAUGCGAGUCCUGGGCCUGGACCAGACAGGUGGAGCCCCAGCCCUCUGGUGAGCCUGGCAGCCUGCACCGGGGACCUCCUGCUGGAAGCCCUGGAGCAGAGCCACCUGGAGCACCUGCUGGAGGCCCCUCCUGAGGCCUGUGACGCAGGUCCAGCGCCUGGGAUCUGGCAGUCCCCACCAGAGGUGGAGCCCUGCACCCCACUGGUGGGCCCGCCCUGGCCACAGCUCGGCCCGCAGGCAGAGCCCAGCCUGGGACCCCUGCUCCUGACCAUCAUGUACAAGGGCCGCACGGUGCUGCAGGAGACGGUGGGGCGCCCCAGCUGCGUGCUCCUGUACGGGGCCCCCGGCUGUGCCGCGCAGGCCCCAGAGCCCCAGCUGGUGGCCUUCCCCUGCCCCGCCCAGCUCGCCGACCAGAAGCAGCUCCGCUACACGGAGAAGCUGCUGCAGCACGUGGCGCCCGGCCUGCGGCUCCAGCUCCGGGGCACGGGGCUGUGGGCCCAGCGCCUGGGCAAGUGUAAGGUCUACUGGGAGGUGGGCAGCCCCCUGGGCUCCCACAGCCCCUCGGCCCCCGCGUGCCUGCUGGAGAGGAACUGCGACACCCGCAUAUUCGACUUCGGCACCUUCUUCCGAGAGCUGGUGGAAUUCCAGACUCGCAAGCGCAAGGACUCCCCGCACUACACCAUCUACCUGGGCUUUGGGCAGGACCUGUCAGCUGGGAGGCCCAAGGAGAGGAACCUGGUCCUGGUGAAGCUGGAGCUGUGGCUGUGCCAGGCGUACCUGGAGAGGGUGCAGAGGGAGGGCGUGUCCUCCCUGGACAGCGGCAGCCUGGGCCUCUGCCUGUCCAGCUUCAACAGCCUGUACGAGGAACUGGAGCACUACCUGGAGCACUUCAUGGAGGUGGAGCAGCCAGCCUAGGCCCCAAGGCCGCCCUGACCAAUAAAAGUGCUACGAGCCGGA